AUGGCUGGUGGUGGAUUUACCGAUGCCGGAGGCAGAAGGGCUCAUCUUUACGAGUACAAGAUUACAGGCUACUUCGUCUUUUCCUGUAUAGUCGGUGCUAUGGGCGGCUCUCUAUUCGGCUACGAUCUUGGCGUUUCCGGUGGCGUGACAUCGAUGGACGACUUUCUACUAGAGUUCUUCCCGCGUGUAUAUGCCAACAAACACGCGCAUCUUAAAGAGACAGAUUACUGCAAAUACGAUGAUCAGAUAUUAACGUUGUUCACUUCGUCUCUGUACUUUGCCGCCCUGGUUUCCACAUUUUUUGCUUCGAGUCUAACAAAGAACAAAGGCAGAAAAGCCAGCAUCAUCGUCGGAUCUAUAAGCUUCUUUGUGGGAGCUGUCAUCAAUGCGGCUGCAAUGAACAUUGCCAUGUUACUCAUUGGGCGUAUCCUUCUUGGUGUUGGCAUCGGAUUUGGUAACCAAGCCGUUCCAUUGUAUCUUUCUGAAAUGUCUCCGGCAAAAGUACGAGGAGCGGUAAACCAACUAUUUCAGUUAACAACUUGUUUGGGAAUUUUGGUUGCAACCUUGGUGAACUAUGGCACCGAGCAGCUGCAUCCAUGGGGAUGGAGGUUGUCUCUUGGUUUAGCCACAGUUCCAGCAACACUAAUGUUUAUCGGAGGCGUCUUGUGCCCAGAGACACCAAACAGCCUGGUGGAACAAGGCAGAAUGGAAGAAGCGAGAACCAUACUCGAGAAGAUCAGAGGCACCACUAACGUAGACGCAGAAUUUGAAGAUAUGAUUGAGGCAAGCACAGAGGCUCAAGCUAUAAAGAACCCAUUCCAAAAUCUAUUGCUAAGAAGGAACAGACCUCAGCUUGUGAUUGGGGGUAUAGCUAUUCCUGCUUUCCAGCAACUAACUGGGAAUAACUCAAUCCUCUUCUAUGCUCCAGUUAUCUUUCAGAGUUUAGGGUUUGGAAAUGGCGCUUCAUUAUACUCGUCUGUUAUUACCAGUGUUGCCCUCGUCGUGGCUCCUCUCAUCUCAAUGGCCGUCGUCGACAAAUUUGGCAGAAGAGCCCUAUUCUUGGAAGCCGGUGCUGAAAUGCUAAUCUACUUGGUGGCUGUUGCAGUGGUUUUGGCAUUAGAAUUCGGAGAAGGGAAGCAACUCUCAAAAGGGGUAAGCAUAUUUCUGGUGAUAGUGAUAUUCUUGUUUGUGUUGGCGUAUGGAAGAUCGUGGGGUCCACUGGGGUGGCUAGUUCCGAGCGAGCUCUUUCCUCUGGAGAUAAGGUCGUCGGCACAAAGCGUGGUGGUGUGCGUGAACAUGAUCUUCACGGCGUUGGUAGCUCAGUUCUUCCUGAUCUCACUGUGCCAUCUCAGAUAUGGAAUCUUCUUGCUGUUCGCGGGGUUCAUUGUGAUCAUGAGCAUGUUCGUAUUAUUCUUGUUGCCGGAGACAAAGAAAGUUCCCAUUGAGGAGAUAUAUCUUCUAUUUCAGAACCAUUGGUUCUGGAAAAGAUUUACAGAGGAUGACCCUUCGCAAUCGCUUCAAAAUAGUAUUGCCUAG